CUGAGAACAAGCUCACAGGGGAGGGGCCGGGCCUCUCCAUGCAGGAACUGGAGUCAGAGGCUUCCCCUGCUGCUUGCAGGGAGAGACCAUUAGGAAUGCCUCUCCCUGCCUGGUUUCCUGAGGUAUCUGACGUUAGACACUGGGCCUGGAGCAGUCUGAGCACAUCUCACCCGCAGAUCUGCAGGAAUCAGGAUGCAGGCCAAAUACAGCAGCACGAGGGACAUGCUGGCUGACGAUGACACCACCAUAAGCCUGUAUUCUGGAGCUUCCACUGCCAACAGAUGUGCAGAGCCCAGGCACUCAGAGAAUGAGACUCCCUCUUCAGUUUGGCGACCUGUGGCCCUGACCCUGCUAACCUUGUGUCUGGUGCUUCUCGUCGGCCUGGCAGCCCUGGGCCUUGUGUUUUUCCAGUUCUACCAGCUCUCCAAUACCCAGCAAGACAGUAUCGCUGAACAGGAAGGAAGGCUGGGGAACCUAUCCCGACAACUGCAGUCCCUCCAGAGCCAGAACAGGAGACUCGUAGACACUCUACAGAACGUGGCUGUCAAACUGUGUCGUGAACUUUACAACAAAAGUGGAGGACACAGAUGUAGCCCUUGCCCAGAAAAAUGGAAGUGGCAUGGAGACAAGUGCUACCAGUUCUAUAAAGAGAGUAAAAGCUGGCAGGGCUGUGAAUAUUUCUGCCUGACUGACAAUGCUACCAUGCUGAAGAUAAGCACACAGGAAGAGCUGGAUUUUGGCAUGCCUCAGAGCUACUCUGAGUUUUUCUACUCUUAUUGGACAGGGCUCUCCCGCAAUGGCAGUGGCAAAGCCUGGCUGUGGACAGAUGGGACACCCUACUCCUUUGAAUUGUUUGAGAUUAUAAUCGAUCCCACCAACCUAAGAAACAGGGACUGUAUGACCAUCUUCAAUGGAAAGGCUUACUCAAAGGACUGCAAAGAGCUGAGGAGGUGUGCCUGUGAGAGGAUGGCAGGGAGAGUGGUGCCCGAGGUACUCCAGCAGGUGGCAUGAACCACUGGUCAGAGAGGGCGAACACAUCAGCUUCAAGCACCAGCAAAAGAACUGGCUCAAAUGAGGCCAGCACGAAGGACAUUCAAAGCUUUGGGAAACAGAGGCGGCUGCUGAACUGGUACUCUAGAGGUGCUUCUGGUUCUGGUUCACCAUCAUCCAUAGCUGAGUUCCGGGUUCUUGCACAUAUGUACCUGUCAAAGGAUUCUUACUCACGAACCACCAACAAGCCCCAGUAAGCUAGAGAGUUGUCCUCUUUGAUUUACAGAAGCCUUUCAGCUGUCUCCCUUCUCAGUGUCUAUUUGCACCCUAUUUUCCAUGUCUUCCUUACACUGGGAAAAGAGAGACACAUAAGAAGAUGGAGGAGUUGAUAUGAAGCCACUAACUGUGUGUAGUGAUGUCCACACAAGGAUUGGUGCCUUCUAACUCUCAACACUUGGAAGGUAAAAGUAAGACAUGAAAAGUUUAAGGCCAUCUCAGCUAUAUAGCAAGCUGGAGGCCAUCCUAGGCUGUAUGAGAAUCACUUCUCAAACAGAAAGAAGGAACAAGAGAAAAAAGAAAGAAGAAAGGAGAAAAUCAAAGCCAAACAUAACAGAAAUAAAGAGAAAGUGGAGUCCUUUGUCCUAACAGGAAGUCCAAAAGAAGCUAGUAGAUGUUCCACUCCUGUGCUGUUGUCCACACAGCUGAUUCUUUUUGUUUCAGUUCACACUUUGCCUUUCCCAGACUCAGCAAUGAUUUCACCUGCUAUGCCAGUGGCACCUUUUCAACUGAGAUGGCUCUCAUUGUGUUAGUCUCCAUUCAAUCAAUUGUGUCUCUCCCCUAAUCAUAUCUCCUAGGAAAGAGAUGGUCUCAACUCUGUCCCUGUACUCCAACAAAGAGACUGAAGUACAGAGAGAAAAAUAAGUCCCUUUACAUGUCCAGAUAAUAGUUUGAUUUCUUUCUCCAUCUCGUUUGAACCAUAUUUCUACCUUUUAGGUACUGAAUAUUUAAUAAUAAUAAGUGUGAAGAAUGUGAAAUGGGUGUGGUUUCAGAAUGGAUUUGUGAUUUGGGGGAAAAUCAGCAAGGGAAUGUUGACUAGUUGUGCCUUGACAAUUGGUGGGGCCACUCUGAUGAUCUGGUUUAUGGAAUAUUUGAGGAUAAGAAAGUGUACAAAGCAAAUUGUCUUCAAGAGGAUAGUUUUAUGAUAUUCUUAAAGUAAAAUGAUUGCAGCAAAAUCAUGAUAUGGAGGUUGGUAUGUUGAGUAACCGAGGUGUAGUAGAACACAUUAUUUCUAAACAGGCAUUGGAGGACAAAAAACUCUUGGCUAGAUAUGAGUUUCACUGUGUGAUGACAUUCAAAGCCAUACUAUGGGUCAUUGUGAAUAGCACCAUGUCAACUGGCUUCAUUGGUUAUAGAUGAACCAGCAUUAUGCGAUUAUGGGAUUGAUAAUACCGGUAUCAUAUUUCAUACUCUCAGUUUUCCACAGAAAAAAACUAGAAAAGAUCUACUUCAUUGUGAAAUUACAUUAAGUUGGACCUUUAUGAUUAGAACAAUUUUGUAUUUUCAUAAGACUUAAUUUGAUAAUGGUCACUUAUCUAAAUAUUACUGGCAGGCUACUUAAGUUUUCUUUUAGAUUUCCUUCUAACAAGCUAGGGGAUUUCUUCAAAGAUGAACAAAUUCUGUGUAGGUUUACUGUGUCAAGCAAACAGAAGUGUACUUAUGGUUUUAAAACUUGAGAGGUUUAGGUAUCUCUUGGUUUUAUUUAUUUAUUAAGCAAAUCACAUCACUUCAUGUAGCUAAUUAAACAGUGGAAAUAUUUUUAAUUUCUCUACGAUGUUACUUAAAGUAAGUGUGAAGUUAGUCUCAUAAUGUAGGUUGUAAUAGAAAAUGGAAGGGAAAUUUAGAAAAUAUUUAAAAUGGGUUAGUGAUUCUUAUUUAAAUAUAGGGGAACACAAAUACAGCAUAUGCAGUCAUUAAAGAUGAAAAAUAUUCUUAAUUAUUUUUAUUUUUCAUAAUUAACAAAAUGAUGACUGUUUGCUCAGUUAAAGCAACUAAUACAAUAACCUACAAAAUAAGAAAGAAAGAUCAAGGCCAUCAUUAAGCAAUUGUUGUAUAAACUUGCUGCACAAGGAAACAGUAGUCAGCAAAUGAAAAUCAAAAACUUCAUGUACAUAAUUGGAAACAAACUCACAGCUCUCACUUAAGUUUUGAUUCUUGACAUUUGGGCUCCUGAAGGGAAGACAUCUGCCUCUCUAACUACCUUUGAUUGGAAGAGUCGUCUAACUAUCCAGAAGUUGAAUAGCAUUCUCUUUUGCAAUCUGAGAUCUCAAGCAAAAUGUCAUUUCAAAUGGAAAAGAGAAAAAUUCUAUUUUUACAUUUCUUUUCUUGGUCAUAUUCUUCAUCAUUGCCCUUAGUCCCCCUUUCUGUAUCCAAGCCUUCUAAUACUGGUGACAACAUAAACAAACAUUCCAAAA